AUGGAUACGGGCGCCGCAUUGCGUGUCUCACGCGUACUUCUAACUGGACCCCCUGGUGAGUCCCCGCGAUUUUUAAAAGCUACAUGGUGUUCCAAAAAUCACCUAUUGUUAGCCUUUGCGUAUUCCGAAUGUUUAAAAUAUUUUAUUUUUUUUAUUACCAUUUUUUUUUCAUUCAUUUAAAUCGUUCAGUAGGCAACGUGUUCAAUUACGAAAUUCACACGUUGACUGCUACGAUGGUCGUCCGGCGGUACUGUAUAAAUACUUUAGAAUACUUAAAAUGAGAUUUUAUACAAUGAAUUUUAAAUAACAUAAAUAACUAGAUAAUAUUGCAACAUGAACAAUACGCGUUCGUCGUACUUUAUAUUAUAAUAUAAUAUUUUGUUUUAUAGAUAUAAACAAAACGUGAAAAUUUCACGUGUCAAUGUACACGAUGAACUUAUUUAUUGUAUUUCAAUUAUGUUUUGUGAAUAAAAAAGGUUUAUAACAAUUUUAAUUAAGUGAGUACUAUGUUUUAGGUAUAGGAAAAACUACGAUAUGUGAAAAACUAGUUGCAAUGAUGAAGCAGCAGAAUUAUAAGUUCGAUGGAUUUUAUACUAAAGAAGUUCGAGGUCCAAAUGGUAACAGGAUUGGAUUUGAUGUUGUUUUGGUAAAAAAUGAUAAAAAAUCAACAUUAGCACGAGUUGAAAAGGUAAUAAACCAGUCACAACACUCCAAAUAUAAAGUAGGAAAUUAUCAUGUGUUCCUACAUGAUUUUGAAGCAGCAGCAUUAUCCGUCUUUGACUCAAAUACAGUAAGCAAAACAGUUUCACAUGACAUAUUAAUUAUAGAUGAAAUUGGAAAAAUGGAAUUAUUUAGUCAAAAAUUUCGCAAUGAGGUAGUAAAAUCAUUUUUUGAAACUUCAAACAGACUUUUCAUAAUCGCAACGAUACCUCAAAUGCAUAAAAUACCACAACAUUCAUCGCUGUUCCAAAAAUUUCGUACAAACGAAAAAUGUAAGAUUAUAACUGUGAAUCACCAGAAUCGAAAUAAUUUACCAGAAGAAAUUUUUUCAUUAAUUUUAUAA